AUGGACACCGACCUGCCACUCGAGAUUCAGCUCCUCAUCCUCCGACACAUCACCCACCAUGACUUGACUCAAGUCGCACUCGUCAACAAGUCAUGGAGCACUGCUGCCAACACACUCAUCUGGAAAACGAUUCGGCUCCUGUCCAUCUCCCAAGCCAACAUCUACCUCAACGGACAGGACACCCACAAGCGACAUCUCCACCACGUCGAGACUUUCCAAACGCGGUUGCUAGCAACGGCGACUAUGACCUUAAUCGAUGGUAGUGACUCUCGUCUGACUCCUCGACUACUCUCGCUGGAUAUCAUGCUUCUGACACACAGGGCACAUAUGAGUUCUGAAUUCAUUCGGUCCCGCCACCUUGACGAAAUGGCUGAACUGAGAGAGGAAAAAGUGGAGGCGCAUGGAUCGAUACCCGAGGACGAAAGAGACUUCUACUUUGACGACGAUAUGUUUGCGGACAAGGCCACCAUGAUGCACGACCAGGAGCAAUCCCUACUGGAACUUCUCAGGAGGAACCCACAGCUGGAAUCGUUCAAACUCGCCCUGCUCCCGGACGAUCCUCAACGGUUUUUGAUCGAGUUGGCACCACUCCUCCCCCAACUGAAACACAUCGAACUCUUCCGGUGCUCCAAACGACUCAAGCCAACUAUAAACAUUGCGGUCAUCGACGCCUUUCUCAGAAACACCUCUUAUCAACUCCGUUCGGCUACUCUGAACUUUAUUGGGUCCUGGAGUGAAGACGAGGGGAUUGGAGAGUUGCUCCGGCCGUUGAUGGAGAGCGGUCAGAACAAGAGACACCCGAAUUUGAAACUUCUCCGGCUCAUGGACGAAAUGGACAACAUUCAAGCGACGGCACUUGUAUCGUUUCUUCAAGGAUGCAGCAGCAACCUGCAGAUGAUCGAGACCAAGACAGGCCCAACACCUUAUUCGUUAGAUGAACUCGGCUGGGCCCUUGCCACUCCUAUUUUCCGUUUAUUGCUCGAGAAGGUUUCUGGAUGGCGAAUUGCGACCUUCAGAGACACGCCUUUGAAUCUGUUCAUAGAGGACACCCCCGAAGGGACAGACGAAUGGAUCGCCAAGAUGAUUUCGGCAUUCAGGGACGGUGGUGGUGACUCCAAGGGAUACUGGCAUAUGAUCAAUCUCACAAACACUGGCGCUUCAUCGCUCACCGCCAAGGCCGUUGCCGACUGUUGUCAUGAGAGACUGACCGCUCUAAACCUCGCUCGCUGCCAAGGAAUUCCUAGCGAAGAUAUCCAGUCGAUUCUGUCGAGAGCGGCCAAUCUACGAUACCUAGAAUGCAAUGCUCCUGAAGAAGACGGGUACGCGCCUGACCCGGUCCUCCUAGGAUCGCAUGUUCUCCGGUCGACUUGGGCCUGCACGUGGUUAGUUCGGUUGAACAUUCAUAUUGGAGGUAUCCCACGACCCGACAUCAAGUGCAACGAGGCAGGAACACCCGUAAAAGCAGCAGGCGAACCCAUUGACAAUUGCACACUAGAAGAGAGCCAUGCCCUUCAGCGCAAGAUCUAUCGACAGCUCGGCCAGUUACACCUCCUGGAGGAGCUUUACCUAGGCUAUGCACGCUUAUUCACUUUGGACGAGAGGGUAGGGUAUGAGACGUACAAGGCCCAACGCAAUUGUUUGGAGAUGACGCUCGAGAGUGGAUUGGACGAGUUGAAAGAGUUGAAGUGUUUGAGGGUGCUGACGGUGGCGUAUAUGGCACACAGGAUCGAGGCGCCGGAACUGGGUUGGAUGCAGAAGAACUGGCCUGAUUUCCAUACGAUUCUUGGAGUCUUGUUUCGAACGUAUCCUGCUGAUAGGACGCGAGGUGGACCAGUAUCGGAUUGGCGGAAGAUGAUGAGAGGUCGCGGAUUGACUUUUGCCUAG